UACCGCCAAGUACAGCGUGUUGACAUUUCUACCUCGAUUCUUGUACGAGCAGAUUAGAAGAGCUGCUAAUGCCUUCUUCCUCUUCAUUGCCUUACUACAGCAAAUUCCAGACGUAUCUCCAACCGGAAGAUACACCACCCUGGUGCCGUUGAUCAUCAUUCUAACAAUUGCAGGCAUCAAAGAGAUCGUAGAAGAUUUUAAACGACAUAAGGCAGACAAUGCAGUUAACAAAAAGAAAACAAUAGUGUUAAGAAAUGGUAUGUGGCAUACCAUCGUGUGGAAAGAGGUGGCAGUGGGAGACAUCGUGAAAGUCCUCAAUGGCCAGUACCUUCCAGCAGACAUGGUCCUGUUCUCCUCCAGUGAACCUCAGGCAAUGUGUUAUGUUGAAACAGCUAAUCUAGAUGGGGAGACAAACCUUAAGAUCCGCCAGGGCUUGAGCCACACUGCUGACAUGCAGACCAGGGAGGUGCUGAUGAAAUUAUCUGGAACCAUAGAGUGCGAAGGGCCCAAUCGCCACCUCUACGACUUCACUGGGACCUUGAACUUGGAUGGGAAAAGCCCCGUUCCCCUUGGACCUGACCAGAUCUUAUUGAGAGGUACACAGCUUAGAAAUACUCAGUGGGUCUUUGGCGUAGUUGUUUAUACUGGACACGACACCAAACUCAUGCAGAAUUCGACCAAAGCACCUCUCAAGAGGUCGAAUGUUGAGAAAGUAACCAAUGUGCAGAUCCUGGUGUUGUUUGGCAUCCUGCUGGUCAUGGCCCUGGUGAGCUCUGUGGGGGCCCUGUAUUGGAAUGGGUCUCACGGUGGAAAGAACUGGUACAUCAAGAAGAUGGACACAAGCUCGGAUAAUUUUGGGUACAACCUGUUGACGUUCAUCAUCUUGUACAACAAUCUUAUUCCAAUCAGUCUGCUGGUGACUCUUGAGGUUGUGAAAUACACACAGGCCCUCUUCAUAAACUGGGACACAGAUAUGUAUUAUAUAGAAAAUGACACUCCUGCAAUGGCCAGAACAUCAAACCUUAAUGAAGAGCUUGGGCAGGUAAAAUAUCUAUUUUCUGACAAGACUGGGACUCUGACCUGCAAUAUCAUGAACUUCAAAAAGUGUAGCAUUGCGGGAGUAACCUACGGGCAUUUCCCAGAGCUGACGAGAGAACCGUCCUCAGAUGACUUCUCUCGGAUGCCUCCGCCCACAAGCGAUUCUUGCGACUUUAAUGAUCCCCGGCUGCUGAAAAACAUUGAAGAUCACCAUCCUACAGCGCCCUGCAUCCAGGAGUUCCUCACCCUGCUGGCUGUGUGCCACACUGUCGUGCCCGAGAAGGACGGAGACGAGAUCCUGUACCAGGCCUCCUCCCCAGAUGAGGCUGCUUUGGUGAAAGGGGCCAAGAAGCUGGGUUUCGUCUUCACGGCCAGAACGCCGUACUCGGUCAUCAUAGAGGCGAUGGGACAGGAGCAGACAUUUGGAAUCCUUAAUGUCUUGGAGUUUUCCAGUGACAGGAAAAGAAUGUCUGUAAUUGUCCGAACUCCUUCAGGACAACUUCGGCUCUACUGUAAGGGCGCUGAUAAUGUGAUUUUUGAAAGACUUUCAAAAGAUUCAAAAUACAUGGAGGAAACAUUAUGCCAUCUGGAGUACUUUGCCACAGAAGGCCUGCGGACUCUCUGUGUGGCCUAUGCCGACCUCUCUGAGGCAGACUAUGAGGAGUGGCUGAAAGUCUACCAGGAAGCCAGCAUCAUCUUGAAAGACCGAGCUCAGCGGUUGGAGGAGUGUUACGAGAUCAUCGAGAAGAAUUUGCUGUUACUUGGCGCCACAGCCAUAGAAGACCGCCUUCAGACCGGGGUUCCAGAAACCAUAGCGACUCUGUUGAAGGCAGAAAUUAAGAUAUGGGUGUUGACCGGAGACAAACAAGAAACUGCAAUCAACAUAGGAUAUUCCUGCCGACUGGUGUCACAAAAUAUGGCCCUUAUCCUACUGAAGGAGGAUUCUUUGGAUGCGACACGGGCAGCCAUCACCCAGCACUGCGCGGACCUGGGGAAUCUGCUGGGCAAGGAGAACGACGUGGCCCUCAUCAUAGACGGCCACACCCUGAAGUACGCGCUGUCCUUCGAGGUCCGCAGGAGCUUCCUGGACCUGGCGCUCUCCUGUAAAGCCGUCAUAUGCUGCAGGGUGUCUCCUCUGCAGAAGUCUGAGAUCGUAGACGUAGUGAAGAAGCGGGUGAAGGCUAUUACUCUCGCCAUUGGGGACGGUGCCAAUGACGUCGGGAUGAUCCAGACGGCCCACGUGGGAGUGGGGAUCAGUGGGAACGAAGGCAUGCAAGCCACCAACAACUCGGAUUACGCCAUUGCGCAGUUUUCCUACUUGGAGAAGCUACUCUUGGUCCAUGGAGCCUGGAGCUACAACCGGGUGACCAAGUGCAUACUGUACUGCUUCUACAAGAAUGUGGUCCUCUACAUCAUUGAGCUUUGGUUUGCCUUUGUUAAUGGAUUUUCUGGGCAGAUUUUAUUUGAACGUUGGUGCAUCGGCUUGUACAAUGUGAUUUUCACCGCGUUGCCACCCUUCACUCUGGGAAUCUUUGAGCGGUCUUGCACUCAGGAGAGCAUGCUCAGGUUUCCACAGCUCUACAAAAUCACCCAGAACGCCGAAGGCUUCAACACAAAGGUUUUCUGGGGUCACUGCAUCAACGCCUUGGUCCACUCCCUCAUCCUCUUCUGGUUUCCCAUGAAAGCCCUGGAACAUGAUACUCCCUUGUCCAACGGUCACGCCACAGACUAUUUAUUUGUUGGAAAUAUUGUUUACACGUACGUUGUGGUUACAGUUUGUCUGAAAGCUGGUUUGGAGACUACAGCUUGGACUAAAUUCAGUCACCUGGCCGUGUGGGGAAGCAUGCUGAUCUGGCUCGUGUUUUUUGGUGUCUACUCAGUCUUCUGGCCCACCAUCCCCAUUGCUCCAGACAUGGAAGGACAGGCAGCUAUGGUCCUGAGUUCUGCACACUUCUGGCUGGGGUUGUUCCUGGUUCCCACUGCAUGUCUGAUGGAAGACGUGGCGUGGCGAGCGGCCAAGCACACUUACAAAAAGACGUUGCUGGAGGAGGUGCAGGAGCUGGAAACCAAGUCCAGGGUGAUGGGGAAAGCCAUGCUGAGGGACAGCAAUGGGAAGAGGAUGAAUGAACGAGACCGCCUCCUCAAGAGGCUCAGCAGGAAGACUCCCCCCACCCUCUUCCGUGGCGGCUCCAUCCAGCAGUGUGUCUCCCAUGGGUAUGCCUUUUCCCAAGAGGAACACGGAGCUGUUACUCAGGAAGAAAUAGUUCGAGCUUACGACACCACCAAAAAGAAGUCGAAGAAGAAAUAAGCUGCAGCUUUUCCUGACUUUGUGGCUCAAGGGAAGUGAUUCUGUUUGUUGUAUCCAGCGUUAACACUUCUUCAUCAGAAGAGGCUGGUGUCCGCAGCCAAAACAACUCGAAAACACAUUUCUGUGGCCUUAGCCGACCAGUUUGUUAGUUAUCUAUUCCUUUGCAAGCCCGGAGCACAGACUGCAGGGAAAGCCGUCUUUCCCUCCUCAUUUGUCUGCAGCGCUUGGCCUAAACUUCUGUUUACGUCGUUCUGAAGCAUUCAACCAUGCUCUGCGAGGUGUGAAAUUAAAAACACUACGUUCCACCGAUAUUUAAACAUCAGUGCUAGUUGUUCUGGGAGAAAGAGAAAGGAGUUUCAUGUGGCGUGAGGCCCGUCCUGGGUAGUUGGAUGGGGGCACGCUCGCUUCCUGUUGGUUAAUGCCCCGAUGGGGUCCAAGGGGCAGCAAGAGACUUCACCUUAGGCAGGUUGCUUGCUCGCUUGCCUUCCUGUUUUGUUCGUAUGAAGUGGCAUAAACUUCUUGAUUGCUGUGAAAUCACAAAAAUCUCCGUUUUGCUGGCGGCAAACUUGAGAACAUUUCCUUGGACCUCUUAGCCACAUUCCCAGGAAGGCCAACUAGCUGGUGCCCCCAUGGAUUCUCCCACACCCCCCCAGGUGCCAGCCGGCUGGUUGGUUGUCCACGUGCCCUUGUCCUCAGACCUUUUGCGUCGCUGGCCGCUGGGCUGGGUGCAUGGCAGCUGGUGCAAAGCCCGCCCUACACUGCACUUUCUCCCGUCCCACUGCAGAUUCAGAUACGGAUGCCAGGAAUCCCUUCCUCCCCCACCUAUUUAAUUCUGUAACUAAAGAAGAGAAACACCGCUAUUCCACGUAUAUCCCAGACACUCACUCGUCUCUUUCUGACAAGAGGGUCCUGAGGGCCAGGGUGGCGGUGGGAGCCUUGGCCUUGCUCCGGCUGUGAGUUCUCAUUUCCCAGCCCCGAUCACUGGGCCUUGGCAGCCACCUCAGAGCCCGCGCUUGCUUCCUGGGGCCUCAGAGCACACUCUAACUUGCACUGUUGGGAAGCAGUUGAAUUUGUACUGUGCUUGCACAGCAAAGGGAGCUUCCCGUCACUCUGUAGCUCUAGAAUCAGGAGGAGCAAACCCAGAGGGGGAGUAGAGGGCCGUGAGACACAGGAGGAAGAUGACCACAGAUGUCCUCAGAGGCGGUGAAGUGCGCCCAGGAUCCGAGGCGACAGGAGGACAUUUCUGCCAGAUCUCCUCUAUAGGAGCUCUCAGGCAGAGGCCCAGGUAAUUGCCGCGAUCAGCCUCCUACGGACAAGAGCUGAAACCAGACCUUGACACACACACUUAGUGAAAAGAAUCCCAGACAUCUCAAGGAAAUGCCCGUUCUAGAAGUACUUCUUUCAUUCUUCAUCUAGCCAGCUUGAGACACAGGCCUGUCCUGAGCUCUGUGACAAGGAGGGGGUACAGGUCACUGACAUCCCCCUGCCACCCUAUAUUCUGAACUGGGAUGGAACCUUUGGGCAGGCAUGGGAGGACACGGAGCCCUCACUAACUGACCCCCUGCAGGCGUGUCCUCUCCUCUUUGGCAGCCCACCCAGAUAGUUUGAUGAUUUAAAUACAUCUGGGCGGCUGUGAUUGUUAGCAUGGCACAGUUCCUUGAGGAAUGGUGUGAUAACUUGGGAAAUAAAACAAUAAUGUACCCCGCUUCCUAACACUUUAUUUUUAGCACAUCCACAACUUACUGGAUGUUAAAGUAACCUAGAAUACAAUUUGCACUGACUUAAGAAAGCCAAUUCUCAUUUGUGCGGUGACCGGCACGCAGAGAAAGCUGGAAGCUGCCGGAUAGAGCACUUAACAGGGUGGCCCAGAAAGUUUCCUUGAUUUCCUCUCUCAGGCAAACAAAACAUGCCAAAAUACGAGGGCACCCAGCAAUUUGAAUCCCUGAAGACUGCCGGGCAGGGAUGAGGAGGGGGUGAACCAAGGCGUAAUUCUUUAUUGCAGAUGAGGAAAGACAAUGGCCAGAGUACAGAGGAGAAAGGAAAAUCAGAAUUGAAAGUGCACUAGGCAUCUUUCAUCUGGGAACAAAACUGAUUUGGAAAGAUUGAAUGAAAACUCAGUUCUUGGUCACACAUUUACCCCUUUCUUGAACUUGAAGCCUUUUAAAUCAGAUUUCUGAAGGAAAUGUCUGCAUUCAGGGGUUUUUGUUUGUUUGUUUGUGUUUCUGCUUUUUUAUUUUAUAUUCUAGGUUGAAGUACAGUUUGCAUUUUCUGGGAUUGAAGCACAUUUUCCUCUUUGAGCAGUAGACUAAACAGUCUUUGCAAUAAUGAACUUUGUACACAAAAGAAAACAUUUCUAGAAGGGAUGCCUUUCCAUUUAUGCUCUCACGUGAUUAAGCUUCCUUGUAGAUGGGUGACUAAAUUGGGUUUCUAGGCGACGCAGCUGUCACGAUGUGUGAUGUAUAAUAUUUAGCCCAGGCCAGCCAGGGGCCGUGUCAUUUGUCCUAUCUUUAAAUUGAGGUCAGGGUGUCACACACAACCCCUCCCCAGGGAGCGGAGUAGAUGGGACUGGGUUGCAUAUCUGGCUGUCAAGUCAGUGGAGCUGUCCCAUGGGACUUGUCACACGCCCACACAGUAAGUGACUGCCCGGCCAGCAGGUGAGGCUCAGUCAGCACUUCGGGGCCUGCAGAGGGCUGGGCUGAAUUGGAAGGAGCCACUCAGGCAAACCCUUGCGCCAGCGCUGUGUGCGGACGGCUGGCUAUCCUGUUUGGGCCGAGGGCAGACAGGCAAGACAAGCCGUUCUCAGAGCUCAGCUCUGGGUCCUGCCGCACCGAAACCAUCCCCACUGGCAGCUGUAGAAAGCGCAUGUUAUGGAAGGAGGGAAAAGGACCAGGAAAAGCCACCUGUUUCUGCCCGGAAGUCUGGAUAGACAUCAACUGCUGCUCAGAGCGGGCUUUGCAAUAAUUUGGGGAGUAUAGCUGUUGUGUCUGUCCUGUCUCAGUGCAGAAUAUUCCAGACUUCUUGACCAGUAUUAUUUUCUCCCAUCUCCCAACACACACAAACACACACACAAAAACCCAAAACACUAUUUACUUGAAUCAGCAUACCACAUAAAAUCUGGGCUUUGGGGAAAGGGGGUGGUGUUUCUUUAACAUUUGUAGAGAAAUAUCUUAAAAAGUGAAACUGGGAUUUGGCAGAGCUUGGCUGAGAACUCUGCUGACAUUUUCUCUUCCCUGAAAAAGCUGCAGGUAUGUUGUAGGGAGCUGGCAGCGAAAAUCAGCAAUAACUUGUCAAGAAGCAGAGAAUAAUGAAGAGAAAAGUGAGUGUAGGUAGCUAAUAUCUGAAAAUGCAUAUGGCCGUACAGAUUACAGACGUCAAGCUUGAAUAUUUUUAAACAGAAAGUGACAGCCUAUAAUCUCCAUUUAUUGUGACAAUGACCUCCCCACUUUUUAAGCCGUAAGCAAGAGAAUUUCCUAUCAGAUAUCAGAUUUCUCCAGAUGUAUGUCUUAAACCAUAGGUUGAAUGUAAUGUUUGCAAAACUCUGCUGUAGGAUGAGGUAAUCUUUAGUUUUGAACAUGUGAAGGGCUACACACAUUUCAGUCAGGGUUUGAAUUACUGCCCUGGGUCAUGGUCCUAAAGUAAUUCAAGGAGUGAUUUAGCUUCAGCAUUUGAAAUGUAGCCUUCAUCUCCUGGGAUCCAUUUAAAAAAAAAAAAAAAAAAAUGCUUAGCCAAGGAAGCCGGCUGAGCAGAGCCUAACAUAACAACUUGGCGAAGAAAUGAGUUCAUUUAUCAGGUGAAGUCAAAGUAUGGCAUUCCCUGUCACAGUCAUUGCUUUCUUUAUGCAAAUGCUUAAAAUGGGAAAUAUAAGAAUGAAGAAGAUAUUUAAAGCCCUCGGUUUUGGAGAGAAAAGAACAUCAGUCAGUUUUGUUGGUGGUUCUUCACUGGCUCCAGGCAGUUAUCUGUCUCAGGAUAGCCUAGGGGGACAUUAUUAACUCAUACUAGCAAUUUCUCCAUUUGCAGAGCUGGGGAAGACAGAAAGGUUUCCAGGGGGUCAUAGAAGUGAGUUUCCAUACCCGACAGUGACUCUAUUCAGUAUUCUUCAAAGGAGUGGACUGGGUGUGCUCAACUUGAUGUGUCACCUUCAUUUAUUCAUUUUUUUUCUCAGCAUCCCAAACUGUCCGGCAGUCCACCUUUCCUUGCCCACCGUCCCCCUCUGUUGGGUAUGAGUGAUUUCUUGAGUAAAAACAAAGGGGUAGGAAAUCGACAUAAAUCCAAGUGGUCAGGGCCAGGGAUGUAGCUCAGCGGCACAGGGCAUGCCUGGCAAGCAUGAGGCCUUGAGUUCGAUUCCCGAUAACAUCUAAGUGGUCAGAAGCUACAAGCAAGUGAGAGAGAAAAGAGGGGCAUGCUCAGCCCUUACCCCAUCCCAGCUACAAUCUCCAUCCCUAACCUAGGGCAAACACCUCCCCUCUGCCAAGGGAGGAAAGACAAAAGGGUGAUUCUUUUCACACCCAGGUUGCCUCAUUAUCCAAGGAUAAUCUGUCUCCCUAGCAGCCACCAGAUACGGUACCUACUCUACUUUUACUUCCAGGCAUUGAACCAAGACAAACAGGCUCAGAAGAUUAGCCCACAGGCCUUUCUUCUGACCCGGCUAAAGAAAGAAAAGAAACCUGUUUGUUUUAACAGUCAGGAACAAAGUGUCAGGUAGCUGUGAUUUAGAGCAGAAAUUGGAAGAAGAAAGUUGAAAUAAUGGCACUAUCCAAAUAACCCUGCCCAGGAAGCUUAGGGGUCAAGAGAGUUUCUCAGGGCCCUAGUACAGGUGAGCUCCUCUGUGCAGGAGGAAAACCCCCCGGAAGGCAGAAAGACUAAAGAGCAGGCUGUGGACCCACCUGCCAAGGGAACGGAUCCAGCGAUGUCCUAGAAAUAGCUCGGUGCAGUUACAGGUGAAUCAGUAAACAGAAAACCGCAGAAAAAAGAAACCCUCCUAGUUGUAAGUCUCUCCUUCCAACAAGAUCCUUGCACCAUCCCUUAUAAAUAUGUACAAUUGCUCUGUGUUAAUUUUUUAAAGAUCCCCUUUGGGUCGCGGACGGCGGGGGAAGCCUGGGCUCUUGCCUGAAACAUGCAGAGGGUUUGGUCCCCAGCACCACACACAUGCACGCACACACACAUGCACGCAAACACCAGUAAAGACUCACUUGGUUUUUCACUAAAACACACAUGUAAGGAUGAAAGCUGCUCUUUCUCCUCCCCUGCCCCUUCUCCCCCGUGGCCAGAGGUGGCCACGUCCAAAGAUGUACCAGGCUGCUUCCCUCUGGGCCUCACUCUCCAGGGCAACGCAGGCAGCCACAGCAGUGCGGCCAGCUGCAGCUGAGCCCCUCGUUCCUGCACGCCUGACGUCACUGCAUCGCCGUGUUCAGAUGCAGCGUCUUUGUGGUGUCUGUCACACACGCAGAGCCAUGUGCUCUCCUGUCUCCUGUCACGGCUAAGCUGGGAUUGCUGAAACAUUGUGUGCGAUGCAGAGGUUUCAGUCUGGUUAUGCAGAGGGAACACGCUGCAGGGGCAUGCUUAAUUGGCUCCCAGCAGAGCAGUGAGCGCUUCCAAGGCUAGCGGGGUUUUUUGUUCUCUCCCUCUAGAAGUGUAACCGUUUUCCCAAUCUAUUAAUAUCCUCUGGUUGUGCGGCGCUACGGUUCCCUCCUGGAGUGAAUACAAAUGUAGGGCAUCUCCUUGUACGUUUAAAGGUGUUUGGAGAAUUUAGUGAUUUGUAGCUUUGAUCAGUCCUGUCAACUGGUAUAUGUCUGCACAAACCUGUUUCAAAUAAAUCUUUUGCUAAGGUAAA